GAAGUCGAGCAUUUCGAGAAAUCAGGAAGUAAAGUACUGUAUAUGUAGGUUUGCUAUCACUAUCUGCUCUUGCGUUAGGACACAGGCAGGUGACUUUGUGUCUGGAAUUUUACAGCAUAGAUUUUCCUCUUGGGGCAUUCAGGCACGAGAGCUUGGAAACUGCUUUAUUUUGGCACAGCUGUGAGGGACACCUUAAAGAAAACAUAAUUUGGGACUAAAUGUGCACCUUAAAAUGGGGAAACCUACCUCAAGGGAGAGAGGCAUAAAAAGGCUCCUGUAGAAAUCAUCUGGUGGAAAGAAUAACUGCUUGUGGAAAGAAUGGCAAGGCGAGGUCAUUGUGAUGUGCUAGUAGUCCAUGGCAGUGAUGCCUUAUCCUGGUGCCAGUAUCUUAAGGAGCUCUUUGAAACAAGCUAUGAACUCAAACAUCUACAGACUGAAAGCUAUGAAAUAAACGAGGAUCCAAUAGAACAAGAAGAUUUUUUCAAAUUCCGGAAAAGCAAAUGUAUAGUGAUUCUCUUAUCCGGAGAAUUGGCAGAAAGUUUUGACAACCAACUUGUCCUGGCUGAUUUGCAGAGAGUUCUGAGCCCCACAGCGAAAAUAGUCGUUCUCUUUUGUGGAGUAACAAAUGAUGAGGAUUUCUCUUGCUUUUUCAAAGACUGGUCACAAUGGAAGAAGCUUUCCUGUGAUGAUGAACCUAACCUGUAUAUUGAAGCAGUUACGGAGAAAAUCUAUCAUGAUUCUGGGUUUGAUUCUGUCACAGAUUCAGAAGAUGACAAGGCUAAAAGAAGCUCUGCAUCUCACGUUGAAAAGCUGCAACCAACUUCAUUCCAGGAAAACCACAGAAAUCUUAUUUGUGUACAACCAGAGAGGAUCCACUGUGGGGUGAAAACACAAAUUUAUUUAAUUUUCAAAUGUAAACUUGAUUGUCGAGUUAAAAAUGAAGUAUAUUUCAAUCCUCAAAAUGGACAAUCUGUUCGGCUGCAUGCAACAUUACAAAAUGAAUAUAUUCUUACUGUGGAAGCCCCUGACUUACCAGCCGGACUAGUAUUUCUAAAUGUUUUCUCUGGUGAUUUACAAAUAUGUGAGGCUAAAAUAAGUUAUUACACUGACAUGGAGGAGUUAAGUUACUUGCUACAAAAUGCAACAAGUCCAGUUGAAUUUAUGUGUCAGGCAUUUAAAAUUGUGCCCUACAGCAUAGAGGUAUUGGACAAGUUGCUGACAGAAUCAUUAAAGAACAACAUUCCAUCAAGCGGACUCCAUUUGUUUGGCAUAAAUCAAAUUGAGGAGGAAAAUUUAAGUGCAAAUCACAGAGAUGAAGAACUACCAACUCUUCUUCAUUUUUCUGCAAAAUAUGGGCUAAAAAAUUUGACUGCUCUUCUACUAACUUGUCCGGGAGCCCUUCAGGCAUAUAGUGUGUCAAAUAAAAAUGGAGAUUUUCCAAAUAAAAUGGCAGAGAAACAUGGUUUCAAAGACCUCCGUCAGUUUAUCGACGAAUAUGUUGAAACUGCGGAUAUGUUAAGGACCCAUAUCAAAGAGGAAUUAAUGGAAAGAGAAGAUGACGAUGACUGUACAUAUGAGUCCAUGGCCCAUAUCUCCACUGAUCUGUUUAUGAAAUGCUCUUUGAAUCCUGGCUGUGAUGAUGACCUGUAUGAAUCAAUGGCUGGCAUGGGGCUUCCUAUCGAAGAAGAGAUUUAUGUCGAUAUGGAAAAGAAAGGGGCCCAUGCAUCUUCAGAACAGGUCAUUACUGCUAAAGAUUCAGUAAUACGUAAAAUUUUGGAAGGAGGCAAUUUGGAUUUAACAAAUGAAAGUGAAGACCCUUACCAUCUGUGUAUGCAAGAAGAUGUAUAUGAUACAGUAGAGGAAGCCACAUCAUACAAUGAGCCUGUAUGCAGGCCCCCUCUCCCCGUUCCAAGACCUAACCAACCUCCAGAAACUAAACGUUACAUUUCGCAGGUAUUCAAAGAACAAACACCAACAAGAAGUGAAAAUAUUUAUGUAACUCAGCAUCGUAUGGUGAGAGGCAAAAGUGUGAAGCUAGGAAGAGACAGGCCACAAUCAAGUGUGUAUGAUCCCUUUGUUGGCAUGAAAACCCCGGGUCAGCGUGAAUUAAUAACACUGCAAGAACAAGUAAAAUGUGGGAUGAUCUCUGUGGAUGAAGCUUUGCAACAGUUUAAAGAAUGGCAAUUAAAUCAGAAGAAAAGGUCUGACUCAUUUAGAUUUCAGCAGGAAAAUCUGAAAAAAUUACGGGACAGUAUAAACCGCAGAAGAAACGAACAUAAAAAAAAGAAAACCACAGAGUUCAACAUCACUGAGCCCAUCCGACGUGGCAAGAAUACAGAUACAAACCUACAAUAUGGUAUCUAUAAUUCAGGUCCUAUGCUGCAUGCUCCUCCAAAAAAAGAUAUCACACGACGGAACUGGAAGACUGACAGCACCUCCAGUACUGCAAGCAGUGGCAGCAACCGAUCUAGCACCAGAAGCAUAAUGAGCACAAGCAGCGGCAUGGAAGGAGACAAUGAGGAUAACGAAUAUGUGGAUACUCUCACACAGCAUAGCCCCAUGCAGCCUGCAGAAGAAGAACGACCACCAGCCAGACCACCCACAAUUCCAAAUAGAAGGCCAAUUCCCCCUCCUCCAGGCCCAAGAACUCAUCCACCUCCUGUGCCACCUAGAGGUCGAUGAAACAUUUUGCUCCACAAGUGACGUUAACACUUAACUUUAUUUAAAACCCUUUGACAAUGGCUUGCUCUCACACUCCGUGAAGACAGUUCUCUCUCCACUCAAGUUAAACAGAAGAGGCACAUCAGGCUGGAGGUGCAGAAUUAAUAUAAAAACGCGACAGUUUUCAGAAGGCAGUUGUUACCAAUCAUAAACUUAUAUCUGGAGCAAGUCAGAUGUUCAAUAAGAAGGGACCUACAUGGCACAUGUGGUCUUAAGAGUAACAAUAAUUGCCCUUGACUAUGGAGUCUAAAAAUUGCUCUAAAUAUUAUGUCCAAAGUCCUAUGAUUUACUGCACUAUUCUUGCUUUUCUUACUCUCGUGUGAUACUAAAGAACAGGGUCAUUAUCUGUAGUAACAAGUUGAACAAGAAAGGGAAUGUUCUGAAGUGAUAUCUGCUUUGUGGGUCUGCACUUGUAUGUGGGACAAUGUCUACAGGAAUAAUACUCUACCUGUACACAACAGCAGCAUAAUAUUACAGUAAAGGAAGAUAUAGCUGCCUUUGGAGCUCAUCAGAAAAAACAAUGCAAAAUAGUCCCAACAGGCCCAUCAGUAAUCCAGCCUGCAGACCUUUAAUUGCUAUUCCAGCACUGGGAGUUUAAGUGGAACUACAGCUGAAGGCUAAAGGCUGGCUCAAGCUGACAUCAGGUGUCACUGACACCAUCUUGCUUUUGUAUGCACAACAGCGGGGGUACAGUGGAGAUUUUUUUACUAUAUGGUUUAAAAGGAAAUCAAAUAUUUUCCCUGAGGAAUAUACAAUGUAGCUUACUCCUUUUGGAUAAAACAGGCACCGUCAAACUGGAGGGUCCAAGGCCCAACAGAGCUUCCACUACACAGGCCCCAACCCCCUCUGUGCCUUAGCCACAACCCCCCCUCCAGGCCCCCAACUCAGCUAUAACCCCCCUCCAGGCCCCUUGCCCCAGCCACAACCCCGCUCCAGAUUCCCUAGGCGUACCUGUCCUCUAGUUGCAGCCACCUUCGGGCUGAGGGGAGAAAUUGGGGGCAGCGCAAGCCUGUACGGGCAGUAGACGGGUGUGGGCCUGGUAGGGCCAGGGCCCACCAGCCCAGUCCGAUUCUCAAAACAGUUAAAAUCUAUAUAACAUGUAAAAAUCUAUACACGUACGCAAGUUUUUUUUUUCCAAGCCUUGCCUUCCUCUGGUAAUUCCUCCAGGUAAUUUAGAUCAGUGUUACUUAGGCUGUGAAGUCAGGAUCAGUGGCAUAACUAGAUGUUACUGGGCCCCACAGCUAAUUAACUUUGAGGCCCCCAACAUAUCCAGAGGUUGUCAUUUUACCAAUACAUGUUGAAAUUGCUCAUUAUUUAGGGCCUCGUGGGCCCCCAUAUACAUACUGCCCCCCCCUGCAACCACAGGGUCUGCUUCCUCUGUAGUUAAGUCCCUGGUCAGGAUCAGGGUCACUUUUAAGGGCCAAAUGGACUUCUUGUCAGUGUGGCUUCUGCCAUAAACCUCACCUCUUUAAGUAUAGGCAACUACAAAUGCACUCUCUGCACUGGUGACCCCUCUAUUCCUGCCCCAGUCCUACAGCAGGAGGGGUAAGCAUAGGGCUGAGCUGGAACAUAAAUUUGCCAGGAAGUGAACAGCUUCUUGUUGUUCAUACAUACACAGAACAUCAAUGCAAUUGUCGUCUUUUAAUUCAACAAAAUAACUCUUUGCCCAAGAUUCUGUACCAGAAUACAGGGUCCACAACAUUUUUGUGUUUCCAUCAUAAAGCAUUGUGCUGUAAUUGUCCUGGUUACAACUGUUUUUUGUAAAUACCUGUAAUGUUGACACUUGUAAACUUAAUUAUAAUUUUGAUGCGGGUAAGACCUGGGUGCUGCCAAAGUUCCAUGAGGCGCUGAAGAAAAAUAACUGAAAUUGCUUAGAAAAUACUCUGCAUGGGUGUUAUUGUAUCUUUUACCCUCUCUUUUCAUGUAUAGACUGUUGCUUAUUAAUUCGAACUGUAUCUUACAUCAACUGUCUAAUACUCCUGUUAUCAUUUGCUUUGAUUUUUAAUCUGUUCCUAAAAAGCUGCUGUCAGAAUGUGCUAAUAUUAUAUUGUUUUAUGUCUGAAAUUUGUUUAUAAACUGUAACAUUUAUGUUACAAUAACUGACCCACAGAAAUCUUUCUCCGCUUUCAGGGUGGUCUCAGUGAAGGCUGGUGCUGUCUAGUGCCUUUCUCUGUGGAAAAUAGUGCCAAUAUUUUUUUAUGGAGCUCAUCAUGGUAAUGGUUCCCCUAGGUUGGAGAAAACUAUCCACCCAUAUCCCUCUACAUAUAGGGGCAAAUUCACUAAGCAGCGAAAAUGCGCUAGCGACGCCUUUGCCGCACUUCGCCAGGGCGC